CCCUAUGACGUGGGCCCGAUACUUCUCAACCUGUUCAGGAGCUUCCCUGGCUCGCUUGGUCGCUAUGCCCGCGACUCCCUGGAUCUACAGCUGCGCGAGCACAUGGCCACCAAGGGAGGUCGGCUGCAACGUGGCUUGAUGCCGUCACCGCGCCCUACCGUUGUCAUGUCCGAUGUCGUGCGCGACGGCGAGGACCUCAGCGACGAGAGCUGGGGGGCGCUCCACUGUGGGCUGGUCGUUGCGGUGCUGGCGCUGAACUGGGAGACCAGCCUGCCUAGGGGCCCGGACUGGGAGAGCCGCCUCAAGGAUCGCAAGAUCGGCAACGGUGGCUCCGAGAUCACGACACCUUACAAACUCACGCUGGAACAGGCGCCAGACGGCCUGCCGCCGCCUGGCGUCGCGGCCUCCAUCGAGGCGGCCGAUCUUGCGACGGGCUUCGUGCGCGAUGCUUUGCUGAACCCGUCGCUCAUGUUGCUGCUGCCUGCGCUCCGUCGCGCGGCGCCCACCUCCGCUCGGGCUUGGGAUUGCGAUUCCGAGCGGCGUCGCAUUGUGGAGGCCUUGCAUGUGCGCGGGAUGAUCGGUCCCAUCGCCUCGAGCGAGAUCGCCUGUCGCGACGGAGCUCCGUUGUUGAACGGCGCCUUCGGUGUCCCGGUGGCUCGCGACGCCCCCGUCAAGUGCAGCGGCGGGUGGCUGCGGCCGGUCCUGAGGCCGAUCACGAACCUGAUCCCUACGAACGCGCGCCAGGAGUGCAUCGUGGGAGACGCGCCCGAGAUGCCGACGAUGCGUCAGCUGAACGGCCUGGUGCUUGCCGAGUCGGAGGACCUGUUGUGGGGCGGUGCUGACAGUAAAGCCUUCUUCUACGUCUUCAGGGCGCCGCCGCCGCGGCGGCCGCACACGGUGAUCGGCCCCCCCGUGCCGCCCCGGCUGCUGGGCCUCAAGGGCGGCGGCACCACCCGCAUCUGCUUGCGCGUUAUCGGCACGGGGUGGAUCAGCGCGGCGGGAGCGACUACCCAUCUUCACCGCGACAUGCUUCGGCGCAGCGGCAGCGUGCCUCGCGGCCUCAGCCCGAGCUGCGAGGUCACGCGUCGGCGGCGGUUGCCGCUGGGGGUGGAGAAGCCUUGCCCCCCGGCCUGGAUGGUCUACAUUGACAACCUGGAGAUCGCCGAGAUCCUCGACCUCCACCGCGCGGUGCGCGCGACCGCCCUGGGGGAGCUGAUCGACGGCGUCGAGGGCGUCCGCCGCCCCCCCGCGGGCUACAUUAUUGAGAUGGUCAGCCUUGCCUUUGUGCCCUGGGGAAGAGGCCGCUUCAGCGUCGACGUCGUCGAGGACCCGCUGAUGUGCCUGGCGCUUUCUGCUCUGUGCGCGGCGGACAUGCGGCUCGAAGUCGACCACCUGGCGACGGCGUCUGCGUCGGAGGCUGCGGGCGCGGUGGUCUACAGCACGGGCUUUGAGAUCCUCGGCCUGGUGCCCGCGGUCCACCUGCCGUUCGAGGUUGACGCCCAGGCCGUGCGCGUGUCGCGCCGCUGCUACCCUGGGACCCAGCACCUUGGGGACGUGACGGAGGCCGACCCCGCCGCCCUGGCGGGCCUCUUGCGGGCCCGAGGUGCUGCCGGCCCGCGCGCCUCGCUGGUCGGUCACGUGAUCAGGGUCAUCCAGGGGCCGCGGGUGGCCAUGCCUGAAACCACGGUUGAUUUCCUCGGCGAGAACGCGGCCUCGAUGGCCGAAUCUGACGCACUUCAUCUCAACGGGCUCUUCGAGCGGAUCCCCCUGGAGGUCGAGGCCGGCGACGUCGGCUGGGUCAAGCGACCGCGCCUGUACUGGGCGUCCUGGGACUUGCUGCCUUCUUUUGAGUUUAAGGCGAUCAUGGUGAUGGCGAAGAGCUCGGCGGGGCGCCGCGCUUGCCGCGUGGCGCUGCAGGCUGAGCGGCCGCCGCUGGAGGAGUGGCUGCCUGCUGGUGCGAGCUGCCCUGGGGCCGCUGCGGGGGAGCCGCUGCCUGCGCUUGUUCGAUGGACGCCGCGCUCGCAACCGCGCCCCAGGCCUGCAGGCGUCGGGGAGUGCGCGGAUGCUGAGCUGGCGCGCUGGGAGGAGGCGGGCUUUGCUGCCCCGCCCUACCAGUUCCGUAACAAGCGGUGCAUUCACGAGGCCGGUGGCCGCGUGGCGCCGCUUGACGCGGUCGCGCGCGAGAAGCUCAUGGGCCUCGCCGAGGGCCGCGCUGCCCCGUGCAUGACCAGUGCGGAGGCGAAGGCCAGCCCAACCAAGCACGAGGCGCUGCGGCGAUCCUUGGCGGGGAACUCGUUCCAGUGCGAGGUGGUAGCCUGGCUGCUUAGGCACUUGGCCGUGGGUGCGGGGCUGUUGGUCUCCGCGCCGUCGGUGGCCGAGCUGCACUCCAGCGCGCGCGCCUGGGCCGGGGGCCGCAAGCUGUGGGCUGGCGACCUCGCCUCGCUGCGCUGCGGACGCGUGGAGCUCGACGAGCAGGUCUCCCGCGAGCUGGAGGCACCAGCUGCGGGGCGCGCCGGCCCGGGGACGCCAGCG